CUAUUGAGCUUAUUCUCUUCAUCCCAAUGCUUUGCAAAGAGACGCACUGGUGAUGAAUAACGACUGCUCUUCUUAGAUUGGCUUCUGCUUCAGCCCGGCCGCCAUACAUGACCACAUCACACCUAAGCGGUCUAUAAUGUCAUACCCAUACAUCUCCAUCAAUGCACUGCAUGUCGAUCAUCCAGAUGCGCCUUCAUGCACCGAUCUACUAGUUUCAUUAUCUUAUGUCCGACCAGCUAUUACCCCGGGGUCGUCAGCCCGUAGCGAUAGCGUAGUACAGCACCAACUUUGUUCUUUCGCACCGCAAUAUAUUUGAACAUAAGAGGCUACCCAACUGCUAGUCAUUCCGAGAUCAUAACAUAGCCUUCUGCAACAAUGCAUCUCUCUAUAUCUGCCUUCGCCGUGCUCUCCUUGUCUUCCCUUAUAACUGCCCAAACGUGCGAUACAUCAAACAACACCCUCUACCUUACGGCGCCUGCGUUAGUCACCACGCCUCAAAACACCUCCACCAUCCAGUGUUGGCGUCUGAGGAAUCCUUUCUUGAUAUCCACAACAGCAGGCAUCACAGGAAGCCGUGCAUUAAACCUAGGGAAUGUGACGGAUCUAAGCUACGUUGUCCAGCCACCACGCUUCGAAGGCGGAUUGCAUAACGCUCCUGUGCCACAGAUCGUACAGUUGCUAGCUGGACUCGCGCACAUCACUCUGCCUCAAGACCCGUCUCGGGAGCUGUGGUUGUACGGAGGCAAAGGCGGUCUGCUGUUCGCUGCCGACCUGACGGGCGAGGGACAUGUCACAACGUAUCCGAGUGACCAGGAGACAGUCACUAUUACUGCGCCUUUCGAGGGUGGUGUAAUCCCCGAGUAUGAAGUGAUCAAUGAAGGGCCGUGUACUGGGCGACAGACUUUUGUCUAGUAGAUUGAGAACGCGACACGGGUGGAAAGGAACGUGCAUGUUGGU